GGAGCUACCCUGCCGAUCACUAAACCAACUCAACUCAUCAUCUUCGAUUUCCCCCCAUUCUUUCUUUGUCCCAAGUCAUUUUUCUUCUCCGGACAGCUUGGCUGGACUCACCUCUUGUUUCCCAACGAUACUCCCAAGGCCCUACAGCCACGAUGCUGUCCGGCAGUGCUCUGCCCCAGACCCUGGGCUCCAUUACCACGACCAAGAUCAAUGAACUCGCAAAGCAACGUGAUCUGUUCGAUAAUCAGAGACAAGAGAUAGCAAAAAAAGCUGAGGAAGCUGUAGAUCUACGCGAGAAAGCCCGAAUUCUUCUGGAAGGAGUAACCAAAAUCAAGGGCCAUCCUAACGUCGCCAUCGACCGUCACGACGUGGAUGUCGAACACACCGGAGGCGAAAACACUUCUGUCAAGGAGUUAUCCGAGGGCGCGGUGUACGCCAACAUUCGUCGCUUUCUCCUUCAGAGCAACUAUGAUCCGUCAGUCUCGGAGCGCACCCUGCAAAGCUGGAUCUCGAAGCUGGAACAGGAGCUUGAAUUUCUGAAAACCAGACAUGAGCAUGCCUCUUUCUACAGCAAGCUGGUUACCCAAUGGUUGGUAGAUCUUGAAAGCGACCCUGCUUCAGGUGCGGGUUUCGAGAAAGUCGAAGGCGAAGAAGAGAGCGCACAGCGAAAGAAGUGGGAAUCCUUGGUUUUCACCGAAACAGCCAUCGACGCAACUGCUAUCCGCGACUACCUUGAUGGUAUCUUCGAAACAUCAACUCAGACACAGCAAGCCUUGAAGGGGCUCCGUGACCAGAUUCGAUCUUUUGGCACCGAGUUCAUAUCGAAGAAGACUUGGCUGAAAGCUAAGGAUCUUGAUUGGAUCUCCAAAUCUCUAUUGAGCUCGGACUUGCUCACCAAGGAGAAAACCGUCGUUCUGAAAGAGUUCAUGCGCAAUCCUGCCGUCGCACAGGAGGUGGCGGACGUCCUGAACAUGCGUCUCUGCUCCUUGGAUAAUUGGGUUUGGCCCAGUGAAGGUAUUCCCAUCGAGUGGCGCCGGCAGCUGAACGGAAAGUACCGGGUUUACAUGGAUGAGGAGCUGCUGGACAGCCUCAUGUUCCAAUACCUUGGUGUGAAGUGGUCCGUGGCCUUUCGAUCUGCAUUUGAGAAGUUCCUCGACACACCUGCGUGGAAAUCUCCGCGCGAUCAGAUUCCCGAGGAUUACGUGGUACGUCGGUCUCGGCUCAAGAGAGAAGAGGCUGUGGGAAGGUCUGGAGCGCAGUGCGUUCAUGCAUUUCGGAAGAAUAUGUUUAGGGAGGAUUAUUUCAUGACCCAGCUUCCCAGCUCGGUGGAAGAGACGUCGGACCCCUACAACGACGAGGAGGCAGACGAUGAAGAAGAGUUCAAAUUGAAAAAGAGUGGCAUGGAGAUCAAGCAUUCGCUUCUACACAUCCUCAUCACCGAGUCAUUGAUCCACAACUCCUUGCACGGACAAUUCACAGCGAUCAGAUCGGACUUCGAAUAUUUCGGACCCUCACUCGCCCAUGCCACCAUUUCCACCGUGCUGGACUACUUCGGAGUUCCACAGAAGUGGUUGAAUUUCUUCAACACUUUCCUCAAAUCUCCACUUCAAGUCCCGUAUGGGUCCACGGCCGCAACGUUGGUCCGGAAGCGUGGAGUUCCAAUGAGCCAUACGCUCUCCGACCUCUUCGGCGAGGCUGUGCUAUUCUGUAUGGACUUCGCGGUAAACCAGAGCACGGACGGCGGCUACCUUUACCGGCUACACGAUGAUUUCUGGUUCUGGGGUCACGAAGAAGCUUGCGUCAAGGCCUGGCAAGCAAUGACAACGUUCGCCGAGGUAACGGGUCUCAAGUUUAAUGAGGAAAAAACCGGAACGGCUCAAUUCGUGGCAAAGGGGAAGACUGGAAUUCACAGUCAGUCCUCGCUGCAACCGAAGCCGACAGAACCCGGUCCGUCCAAGGUACUGCCCCAAGGUGAUAUCCGCUGGGGCUUCCUGAAAUUGGACCCCAAGGAAGGGCGCUUUGUCAUCGACCAGGACCAGGUCGACAAGCAUAUCGUCGAGUUACGGCGCCAACUCAACUCUUGCGGGAGCAUUUUUGCCUGGGUCCAAGCAUGGAACAGCUACUUUGGGCGAUUUUUCCCCAACAACUUCGCCAAGCCAGCAAUGUGCUUCGGCCGCGACCACAUCGAGACGGCCAUUUCCGCGCUAAGUCGCAUUGAGCAGGUCCUGUUUCCUAAAUAUUCCAGCGGAGUGACCGACUAUCUCCGUGAGAAAAUUGAUAAGCAGUUCGGAGUCAAAGACCUUCCGGAAGGGUUCUUCUACUUCCCCGUUCAGCUUGGUGGCUUAGAGCUGCUAAACCCGUACAUUCCGUUCCUUUCUAUGCGAGAGAAUAUCAAACAGAGCCCCGAAGCUCGAUUGCGCAAAGCAUUGGUCGAAGACGAAGCGGAGUACCUUGUAGCCAAAGAGCGGUUCGACAGAGACGGACCUCUAAGCUCCAGCUACAGUAAUGACGGGGUAAGAUCGGAAACCUCAUCGACACUGUCACUGGAGCAGUACAUCCAGUACCGGGAAACCUACAGCCGACCCCUCCUGAAAGCCUAUGAAGACCUGAUUCGCAUCCCGGACGAGGAAGGGGCCGACCAGACCGCAGGAUUCCAGCGCUAUCAAAUGUUGUUGGAUGAGGCAUUCCAGGAGGUGAACAGUCGCAAGAUCAUCUCUGGAAGCUGGUGGUCCAUGUCGCCGUACUGGCGAUGGGCAGCAGAGCUGUACUAUGAGGAAGUGACCAGCAGGUAUGGGAAUUUGGCAGCGGUCGAUCAACAGUCCAUGCCCUUGGGAGUGAUCAAGACUUUGAGGGAGGGCAAGUUCAGGUGGCAGAGUUGAGCCUUCUCUUGAGACGGAAGGUCUAAGUUAAUGUGAUCAAAAACUCACUAAUGAGCCGGAA